AUGGACUUCAGCAUGAUUAGCGGGCUGCGCUUCACUGACCGGGCCGUAGCUCAGAUGUCUGAUCUUUCUUGGGGAGCGGCUGAGUUUCGGCGUGGUGCGAGUUGUCAGAGCAGUUUUAGCGAUGUUCUUGAGGAGCAACGAAGGUCCCGCUCACGAUCGAGGCAUAGAGGCUUGGACGAGGAGGAGCUUGGUCGUGGUAGACGAUCUCUUGCGGUUAAUCGACAUUCUCAGUCUCAGCGAGAGCCUCAGAUUACUCAGGCGUUUCAGGAGACUCAGUGGCAGCCUCAGUCUUCCCAGCGCUUUCAGGGUCAGAUUCAGGGGCAGCGGCAGUCGUUUUCACAGCCUUCACAACCCGAUUUUAGGCCUGUUUUGACUCCCGUGGAUCCUAGUUUAUUUUCAGCUCCAUCGUCUGGGAUUCCUCCACCGGUGUCGGGCUUGUUCUCAGUUCGGAUGUGUGGGACGAUGCCUCCACCGACGAUUCCCGUGUCUUUGAGUCAGUCUACACCGUUUGCCAGUUGGACGGGUCCUGCCUUGAGUUUAAUUGCUGCUGGAGUCACAUGGACUAGUAGGGACACUACUCCCCGUACUCGGAUGAUGGCGGGACUCUUUGGCUCACCAUUCCCGUAUACAGAGGGUGGAGAUGAUACUGACCCUAACUCUUCUAGUUCUGCAGACUUUUGACCGAGGGUCUUUGUUUGUACAUAUUGUGAUGACACUUGACGCUGUUUAUUUACUAUGACUCAUUUUGUCUAUUAUUCACAGUUUAUGCAUUUAUUAUUUUGUUGGUGUGUGCUUGAAACUCAUUGUGUGUGAUC